UGUAAACWCGCGUCGCAGCCAAACGUACAAAUCAAUAAUAAAAAAUAAACAAAUAAGUGCAUUUUGUAACAAAAAAGUUUUGUGUGAAAGUAGAAAAACAUUCGAAAUUCAAAAUGUUGAAAUUUAUUUUGGUYGCCUGUCUCUUAGUACAAAUCGCCGUAGCGGCUCCCGUUGACCAAGCGGAAGCUGAGGAGAAAGCCGAAUUGGAGCGUAUYCAAAAUGAGAGUGCACAGUACUCUUAUGGCUCAAAUAUCGAGGACAACAUAAACGACGGCGCCAUUCAACGCGAGGAGACACGUGAUGGUACAAAGGUUAAGGGCAUGUACUCGUACCGCGAUGGUUAUGUCAUGCGCACCGUGUACUAUGAAGCCGAUGAAAAUGGUUACCGUGUGGUCAAGGAGGAUACCCAAGAGAUCGGCGAUGGACCACAGUUCGAUGAGAAUGGCGAGGCCACCGUUGAGGGUUCCUUAAUACCUAAAUACUCCAUUCGUUUGGACAAAACCGACAACGAGAAGCACUACAAGGAUGCGCGAAUCAAUUAAAUCGACUGCUUAGCAUUUAAUGCAUUUGAGUUAAGAAAACAGACUGAAACAAAAGUUAUGCUAACAUUGCUUCACAUGUUACAUAAAACAAUGUGUUUUUUUUUUAAUUUUUUUAUUAAAGACAACUUGGAUUUAAUGUGAUUUCGUCACAGUGAAGUUACAAAUAAAAAUGAAAUGAAAAAUUUA